AUGGAGUUUGCUAGUGUGUGUCCAGUCAGGUGGCUACCAGAUCAUAAUUUUGCAAUGUGCAUGACACCGUAUGAUGUAUUUCAAGACAUACAGUCAUGUUAUUAUAGACCCUGGCAACGGUAUAAUCAAACCACAUCCAAAGUAUUUAGUUCUACAGUCGAAAAUGAAAAAGGUAAUUACAAAAUAACAUUAGAUGUUCAAUAUUUCCGACCAAACGAAAUUAACGUAAAAGUGGCAAAUCAUGAAAUAAUAGUCGAAGGAAAACAUGAAGAGAGACAAGAUAUUUACGGGUUUGUUACAAGACAAUUUAAAAGGCGUUAUUCUUUACCGACUCACUGUCUGCCCGAAAAUGUUACAUCAACAUUGUCUUCAGAUGGUGUUUUAACUAUUAUUGCUGAAAAGAAAUUGUCAAUUAGCCAAGAUGUACCAAAGAUAAUACCAAUCGAACUUUCUGGUAUAUUUCCUCGUAAGACUCAGAUCGAAACUAAAAUCACUUCGGAACUAACGCAAAAAGCGUUGAAACAAGAAAGGAAAAAGGAGAAGGAAGAAACUAGAGAAGAACAUAGUCGACUGAUAAGACCGGAACUGCUGAAAGAGAUUUUUUUAGAGACAAAUGAUACCUGUUUGAAGACAGAGACUAAACAAUCUAUUGACAACAUGAAGGAAUCUGAGAAAAUGAACCAGCUUAAUAUUAGUAGAAAUUUGAACAAAAUUGAGGAGUCUGUAGGAAAUUCAAUCGUAGGAUUGACUGCGCUAAAGGAACAGUUUGGUCAAAACAGUUCAAUAAUCAACACUGAAAUGGAGGGCAUAAAAUAUGCUUCAGAAAUUAGUAGUAUUAAAAGUGCUUCAGAGACAUCGUACCCAAAAAGUCCCCCAGCGAUAUCUGGCAUACAAAGUGAUACUGAUUUGUCUGACGUAGAAAGUAUAUUAGUGAUGUGUGACAAGAAAAGCACAUCAGAAGGGUCUGGCACGAAAAAAGUAUCACAGGUGUCUGAGAUGCAAACAGUAUCCGAUAUAUCUGAGGCGCAAACAGUACAGGAGACUUUGGGAACGAAAAGUGUAUCGCAACAGUCUGAUAUGAAAAAACCAUCAGGGAUGUCUGGCAUCAAAGGUGUGUUAGAGAUGACGGAACUGAAAAUAGGUGCGUCAGAAACCUGUGGAGUAAGAGGCAUGUCUAAGACUUUGGUAGAAGAGAGUGCCUCAUCAUGUACAUCAUCCUCAUCAAUGUUAUCAAGUAUGACCGUCAGCGGAAAUGCUGGAGAGUGCAUAAUCAGUGAAAAACUGAGGGAGGUAGCAGAAAAUAUUUAA